GCUGCCUGGUACUUGCACCCCUCAAUUCUCCGAGAUGCAUCGUUGAAGCAUGCUGACGUCCGUAUGGUACGCAGGCUUCGUGCGAUCCAAUGCCGAUGCCGACGACCUGCGUGCAACCAUACCGACAGCUGAAAGCAAACCAGAGAAGGCACCACCGUGCUUCCGUCCACUUCGAUUUCAUCGUCAUGCAGCUGUAGAAACCCAACAUGAAGAUGGCAGACAGGACGGCCAUAGUACCCAGGAGGCAGGUCAGAGUGCACAAGAUAUCGUUCAUGCCUCGUGGUCGUGCGCCGCUGUGGUCGUAGAUGCCUCGCUGCGACUGUGGCCCGAACCAAAAAAGGGCUGGUGCUUUUCUCGCUCGCAACAAGACGUCAGGGCUUUUGUUGGCGCCGACAACAUCAAUGCCUAUAUCGACGAGAAGACUGGGCAGCUAGUACCUAUUGAUGGGGCGGGCACUGCUGUGGAUUCACAAAGCUGGCUGAGCGUCAGCGUCAACUGGCAGGGCAAAGUGCUGGCCAUAUCCGAAGAUAUCGUCCUGCUGUUUGAUUCGCUCAAAGAUGUUAUGAACGCUGGUCAAGCAGAAGCAUCUGGCCCAGAACAAGUUUAUGACUUUAAAGGAAAGGGAUCGCGCGAUCCGUUUCAGGGAAGGCGACCCGACGAGCUCAAAGUCGUAGCAGGUGGCGGACACUUUCUGCUCUACGCAACGGGCCAGAAUGAGGGCUCUUCAAGCUCUUUGAGCCGCCCGCACCAGCUCUGGUCGCUAGGCGACAACCGCUUUGGCCAGCUCGGCAGGCGCACUCGCUCGCUUAGCGACUACACUGUGCAGCCCGUGGCAUUUUUCAGCCCAUCUGAAGGCUUCCCAACGCACAUCAAACGCGCCGCCGCGGGCUUGCGGCACAACGCCGUCCUGACCGUCGAUGGAGAUGUGUAUGUGUGGGGGUGGAACGCCGAGAGGCAGCUCGGCGAAGCCAGCAGCAAACUGGUGCGCCGUCCAGAGCUACUGACGUUGUCUUCCGGCAACAGCAAUGUCGAAGACGAGAUCGUCUCUGUCUCGGACAUCGACUGCGGAAAUGACCAUACCGCCGUCGUGCUGCAGGAUGGAAGUGUUUGGACUUCUGGAUCUAAUGAACACGGUCAACUGGGAGCUCUAAUAAAUGCAGAUUUUACCGAGCAUUCGGCGUCGUUUGAGGCAGAGUGCCGCACAGCUGCUGGAUGGAAACGCUGUGCGCCAUUUGGCAUGGGCACUACGGAGCAUCAUGCCACUCGCGUUCUUUGCGGCCCUUGGACGACGUUCGUGGUCGCUGCUGACACUGCGGACCAUGAUGUAUCGAGCUGCCGCGAUGCGUGAAUAACCAUCCCCACACGGAGCUGCAGCUGCGUUCAAUACAUAGCCGAAGCAGAAGUGGAAAAUACCACAAAAAUGGAUUGAAC